GCACGUCCCGUGGCGGGGGGCACGGCAUUGAGAUGCUAAGAUCUCCAAAUACAAGAUUGUAAUUAAUGACGCAGAAAAUUCAGCUCGUUCCUUUAAAUGCCAGGCUCGCAGAAGACCUCGUGCAGCUCUACAGUACAGCAGGUGGAUUUCAUCGUGCAGUACAGCAGGUGGAUUGCAUCGUGCUGGUUCGCCACGGUGCCAGCAUGGCCUCUUCCGCGCAAUUUCACAAAGUGCUGAGUGACAGGAAGACUACGUUUACUAUUGAGAGUAUACUGGGACUCGACAGGACGAAGGAAUGUGCUCCAUCAGCAAAGCCACACCGGCCGUGGACUGACGUCAGCCGCCAACAAGACGCGCCUCCUGUAGCGCGUGAGCUAGUCCUGCUGCCGCAGAUGAGAGCUCAAGAGGACAAAAAUGUUGUCUACAAUAAGCGGCAGUGCUCGGCGUCAUACAAACGAGCUUUGAACUGGUACAUAGGCAGGAGGCCCAGGACGGCUUUCAGUGGAGCCCAGAUCGAGGUUCUGGAGAGUGUGUUCAGAGUGAACCCCUACCCUGGGAUCGAUGUGAGGGAGGAGCUGGCGUGCAAACUGGAGCUGGAUGAGGACCGGAUCCAGAUUUGGUUCCAGAAUCGGCGUGCUAAACUGAAACGGUCUCACAGAGAGUCUCGGUUCCUCCUGGUGAAGAAGGUCUUCACAGCUCUGCAGGACCCGGCAGAGCCUUGACGUGCAUCUCUGUAAUCUGAGACCCUCCUGACAUGCGUCUCUGUAAUCUGACAUGUGUCUCUGUAAUCUGAGACCCUCCUGUUACAGCUGGAAACAUGGGUCUUUCCUCUGCAUUCCACUGGGUUUGUACAGAGUCUUGUUUUUAAGAUGUUAUGUAAGUGUUGUAAUUUAUUAUAUAAAAUACAUUCUGUAUAUUUUGGUGGUUCAUAAAAUGUUAUUGCUUAAUAAAUAUUGUUUAAUAAAUGUUAUUGUUUUAAUGAGA